AGCUUCUCAAAAUUUCUUUAAGAUUUCUCCGAGAAACAAAAAGUAAAGAAGAAGCACUGAGAAGUGAGAACAGAGGAAGCAGAGUGCAAAAAUCUCACUGACCACCACCACCAUGACCACGGUGCUCGUUACAGUGUUCUUAACAGUGGUUGUAACAGUCCUCGCAAUCCUUGUCUCGACUACCCAAACCGGUUAUGGUAUUUUCGCACCGCCUAAAAUCGCCGGUUCGCGCGAUGUUUUCCCGUCGGCGAAAGUGGUUAACUUAACCGGAGCCUCCGGUCCGGAGAGUAUAGAUUUCGAUCCAUCAGGGGAAGGUCCCUACGUUGGCGUCUCCGACGGUCGAGUCUUGAAAUGGCGUGGUGAAUCGCUUGGAUGGACCGAUUUCGCUUACACAUCGGCUAAUAGGGAGAUGUGUGUUCGCCCUUUUGCACCAGAGUUGGAGCAUGUGUGUGGAAGGCCAUUGGGAUUGAGGUUCGAUAAGAAAAGUGGAGAUCUUUACAUAGCGGAUGCUUACUUUGGCCUUCUUAUUGUUGGUCCUGCUGGUGGUUUAGCUAGACCUUUAGUUACAGAAGCUGAGGGGCAGCCGUUUCGUUUCACUAAUGAUUUGGACAUUGAUGAGCAGGAUGAUGUGAUUUACUUCACGGAUACCAGUGCCAAAUUCCAGAGAAGGCAGUUCUUAGCUANAUAUUAA